AUGGGCGGGAGCAAGGGCAGAGCGCCCCAGCGCCAGGACGGACCCGGGAGGCCGGCCUCUGAGGAGCAGGAGUCCAGGUUGGCCCGCGCAGACGGCGCGCCUAGCCGGGAACGCCGACAGGGUCGCAGUAAGGCCCACAGGGCCAGACCAGUCUUGGAGCCCGCCACUUCGGGAAGCCACGGGACCCCUGGUGGCCGCCGGAAGCCCACCGCAGAGCAGAACGGCUGCUGCAGACGGCCAGGGGCUGGGCCGCCACCGGAGGCCCAGCGGAGUCCAGGCAGCGCGCAGUGUCGGGGGCCCGCGUCUAAGCACCGGGACGGCCGUAGUGGGCGUCUGGAGGAAGAGAGUCUCCCCGGUGAAGGGAGGACCGGCGAGCUCUGCCGCCGCAGGAAGAGAGGAAAAGGGCGGAGACCCCCGGCUGGGCACGGCUGCCGAGAGACCCGGUGCCUCGACGGGGACGCGUCGGGUGGAGACGGGGGCAGCUCUUGCCAGGAUAGCGAAGCCCGCGAGGCCCAGGAGAGCGACAGCCAGAGCAGUGGAGCCCCGGAGCUGCGGCCCAAGCAGGGGCAAACGGACACGGGCUCGGGAGACCCCCAAACCGGGUCGGAGCCAGCACUGGAACACGGAGAGUGCCCCAGCAGCGACGGUCUGAGCAGCGACGGCGGGGACAGCCCUGAGCCCCGGAGCCGGGAAGGGUCGUCGGGGGUGGGACCCCGGGGAGAGAGCGAGGAUUCCGGGACAGGCACGGAGUCGAGCCUGCAGGGGCCCAGGCCUGGAGGGGGCCCAAGGGCAGCCCCAGGAACGGCGAGCCGGGCCACUGAAGCCGAAGAGACUGAGCCGGGCAAAAAAGCCAAGGCCUCCACCCCCCUCGAGGGAAGCCCCAUGUGCGUACCCCGGAGCUCGCGGGCUCCCGGGGACCCCGGGCCGGCCCGGGACUCAGACAAUGAGGUGCGGCCGGAGGCUGAGCCGCAGGGCGACGAGCCUGGAAGAGCCUCGGCCUCGGCCGCCGGGACUCUGCGCCGCCAGGUCGGAAAGAUGGUGGGGAAGGUGCAAGUGGCGGCGGGCGAGAACGAAUCUGGGGCUGGACAGAAGGACGAGCCCGGAAACCCAGCGCCGCUGGCCGCCCUCGUGGCGCUUCGCAGGCUCCGCGCGAAAGCCCCGCCAAGCCCGGCUCCCCAGGCCGCGGCUCCGGCUCCCCGCCGCGCGGGCCUUAAGGAGAGGCUCCUGCGCGUGGUGCGCGCCCUGGGUCUCCUGCACUGGCUGCGGCUGCAGCGGCGGAGGCCGGCCGGCGAGGGCCGGGGGGCGGGGCCGCGGGGGGGGGCGGGGCGGGGUCGCGGGCCCGGCCUGCGGCGCCGGCAAGUGCUGUGCGUGGCGGGCGAAGCGGGACUGGGGGGACGGCCCAGGGCUCCCCCUAGCGGCGACUCGAGCUCCCCACAGUUUGCGAAGAGCUCAGCUCCCGGAAACCCUUCUGAGGAUGAGGACUCGACUCCGGAUCCCAAGUUUGCGGUCGUGUUCCCCAGGAUCCACAGGACUGGGAGGGCGUCGAGCAGUCGGAGCUCAGAGGAAGCGUCCACAUGCGCCUCACCCGGGGAGGGGCACGCUUGGCCUUGUGCAGGAGCUUCGGGGGACAGUGAGGGGCGCGGGGCGAGUGGAGAAAGUGUGGCCGGGCCCCGCCGAGGCUCUCUUCUCGGCCCUACUCCCCACGACGAGCCCCCACUCGACGAGAGCGGCUCCAGAAGCGAAGCGAAGCCCGAGACCUUGGGGGCCGAGGCUCUGGUCCCCUGGGCUCAGAGCUCAGAACCCCGCGAGGACCCCGGGCUUGGCACCGACGCGCUGCUGCCCCGACUCACCUUGGAGACCCGUCUGCCGUGGGAGAGAGGCCCCGGGCCCUGCGGGUCCCCGAGGGAGCGGUGGGAGCCAGAGGAUGAGGCGGAGGAGGACCUGGAGCUGAGCCUGGGGCUGGGCGUGGAGGGGCCGCCCUUACUGGGCGCUGAAGGCAGGAGCCUUGGGGAAGGCCUGGAAGACACGGAGGACCUGGCUCGGCUGCGACCAGUGUGUAACAGCUCUGUUCUGCAGUGCCUCAAGAAGAGGUUUCAUCUGGGCCGAAUCUACACCUUUGGAGGGCCUCUUCUGCUCUCUCUGAACCCCCGCCGGCCCCUGCCUCUCUUCUCAGCUGAGGUCCUGGCCAGCUACCACCCCAAGAAGGCCCCUAACACCACCCCACACAUCUUGGCCAUCGUGGUAUCGGCCUAUAGCCGGUCUCGGAGCACUGGGCAGGGCACAUGCAUUCUCCUCGGGUGAACCCUGUCAGCCCCUCCCUCCUGCAGUGGGCACAGUGGCUCAGGGAAGACAGAAGCUGCCCAAAAGAUCGUGCAGUUCCUAAGCAGCCUGGAGCAGGAACACGCAAGGGACCGAAGAUGUCAACUGGAUGGUGUGCUGCUCAUACUCAGCAGCUUUGGCCACGCCAAGACAGUCCUCAAUGCCAACGCCAGCCGCUUCGGCCAGGUCUUCUGCCUCCACCUGCAGCACGGGGUCAUCGUGGGAGCCUCUGUGUCACAUUAUCUGCUUGAGACCUCAAGGGUGGUGUUUCAGGGCCAGGCCUGCAGUCUCCAGGGCAAGGAUGAUGCCCGGGACUUCGAAGGACUGCGGAAGGCCCUGCAGGUCAUGGGCCCCGAGGAGGUGACCGCCGCCUGGGCUGUGCUGGCCGCCAUCCUGCACCUGGGCAACAUUUGCUUCUCUUCUUCCGAGCGGGAGUCCCGGGAGGUGGCUGCCGUGUCCAGCUGGGCUGAGAUCCACACGGCAGCCCGGCUGCUGCUGGUGCCACCUGAGCGCCUACAGGGGGCUGUCACCAGGAGGGUCACGGAGACACCGUAUGGCUGGGUCUGCAGGUCUCUGCCGGUGGAAAGCGCCAUUGAUGCCAGGGACGCCCUGGCCAAGGCCCUGUAUUCCCGGCUUUUCACCUGGCUUCUGACAAGGAGCAAUGCGAAGCUGGCAGCUCCCGGGGAGGGAGAGAGCGUGGACACCGUCACUGUCGUGGACGUCUACGGCUUUGAGGCCCUGCGGGUGAACGGCCUGGAACAACUGUGCAGUAACCUCGCCAGCGAGCGUCUGCAGCUCUUCUCCAGCCAGAUGCUGCGGGCCCAGGAGCAGGAGGCCUGUCGCCGAGAGCUGCUGCCCUGGGUGCCUGUUCCCCAGCCUGUGCGGGACACCUGUCUGGACCUCCUCAUAGACCAGCCCCACAGCCUCCUGAGUAUCCUGGAUGCCCAGACAUGGCUGUCCCAGGCCACAGACCACACCUUCCUCCAGAAGUGUCACUAUCACCACGGCAAUCACCCCUGCUACGCCAAGCCGCAGCUGCCCCUUCCUAUCUUCACCGUGAGGCAUUACGCUGGGCCUGUCACCUACCAGGUUCACAAAUUUAUAAACAGAAACCGGGAUCAUCUUGACCCUGCCGUGGUGGAAAUGCUUGCCCAGAGCCGGCUCCAGCUUCUGGGCAGCCUGUUCCAGGAAGCAGAGUCCCAGUCCAGGGCUGGGCCAGGCAAACCCACCCUGGCCUCUCGCUUCCAGCAUUCCCUGGAGGACCUCCUAGCCCGGCUGGGCAGGAGCCAUGUCUAUUUCAUUCAGUGCCUCAACCCCAACCCAGGAAAGCUUCCGGGCGUCUUUGAUGUGGGACACGUGGCCGAGCAGCUGCGCCAGGCUGACAUCCUGGAGGCAGUGUGUACCCGCAGUGCCAACUUCCCUGUGCGCCUGCCCUUCCAGGCCUUCCUGGCCAGGUUCUGGGCCCUGGACACAGAGGCGCGGGGAGAGACCUCUGACCGCAAGAGGUGUGGUGCCAUCCUGAGUAAGGUUCUGGGGGCCGAGUCACCCCUCUGCCACCUCGGGGCUACCCAGGUCCUGCUGCGGGAGCCGGGCUGGCAGCAGCUGGAGAAGCACUGGGCCCGGCGACGCUCCCAGGCCCUGCUCAGCCUGCACGUCAGCCUGCACGCCUGCAUCUCCCGCCAGCGCCUCGGCGGUCUACUCCUGCCACGGAUGCAGGCGCACGUGCGAGGGCUCCAGGCCAGGAAGCGGAACCAACGGCGGCGGGCAGCUCUGGGACAGCUGAACAGCGUCCUGCUGGUGGCCCGGCCCCUGCUCCGGAGGCAACAGAGAUUGCAGGUUGGGCAUCGGUGUGACUGGCACAGUGGCCCAGCCUCCAAGACAGUGCCAAGCAUGGAGCUGGGGCGUUUGGAGAUCCCGGCUGAGGUGGCCGUCAUGUUAAAGACAGCGGAAGGCCAUCACCAUACCUUGGUUGGGAGCAUCACUGAGUCCAUGCCCCCUGAAGUUCCUGCCCGGACCAGCCUGACCCUUCCACCAGAUAUCGACCAGUUCCCGUUCUCCAGCUUCAUCUCCACUAACUUUCAGGAGCCAGCCCUGCCCAGCCCUGGGCAGCUGCUGGCCAAGCCCCUGACCCGGCUGGAUGGUGAGAACCCUCAGCAUGCCCUGGAUAUCAACAAAGUGCUGCUGCGGCUCCUGGGGGAUGGGUCCCUGCCCCCCUGGCAGGAGCAGAGCAUGGGCGAAUACCUGGUGCGACAGGGCCAGCGCCGGCCAGGGCUGCGGGACGAGCUCUUCAGCCAGCUCGUGGCCCAGAUCUGGCACAACCCGGAUGAGCAGCAGAGCCAGUGCAGCUGGGCCCUCAUGGCCAUCCUGCUCAGCGCCUUUCCCCCCAUGCCCACCCUACAGAAGCCACUGCUGAAAUUUGUGUCCGACCGGGCCCCCAGAGGCAUGGCAGCGCUGUGUCAGCACAAGCUGCUGGGGGCCCUGGAGCAGACGCAUCUGGCCCCUGAGAUGGCCCGGGCCCACCCCCCCACCCAGCUCGAGUGGACCGCCGGACGGCGGCAGGGCCGCAUGGCUCUGGACGUCUUUACCUUCACUGGGGAAUGCUACUCAGCCGAGGUGGAGUCCUGGACCACGGGGGAGCAAUUCGCCGGGUGGAUUCUGCAGAGCAGAGGCCUGGAGCUGCCCCCGCGUGGCUGGUCUGUGUCACUGCACUCCGGGGACUCCUGGCAGGAUUUGGUGGGCUGUGACUUUGUGCUGGACCUCAUCGGCCGGACUGAGGACCUGGGGGACCCAGUCAGUCCCCACAGCUACCCCAUUGCCUCCCGUGGCUUAGCUGAGGACAUCCCCCCUGCCCCUGGCAUCCAGGCCCCUUCAUUGCCCCCAGGUCCACCCCCGGGGCCAGCCCCAGCACUACCCAGCAGGAGCCAGUCAGGGGAGUCUCGGACCUCAGAGAACCUGGAUGGCUUCCUGGACCACCUCUUCCAGCCAGUCCUCUCCCCGGGCCACAGUGAUCUGGAGCAAGGCUGGGCUCUGAGCAGCCGCAUGAAGGGAGGGGGCGCCAUUGGGCCCAUGCAGCAAGGCAGCUACCCCAUGGUUUACCCAGGGAUGAUGCAGAUGCCCGGAUACCAGCCAGCCAUGAUGCCUGCCCCCGUGCCCAUGAUGCCAGCGAUGGGCGCAGUCCCUGCCAUGCCAGCCAUGGUGGUGCCGCCGCCGCCACAGCCCCUGCUUCCCAGCGUGGACCCGAGGCAGCUGGUGACCCAGCAGCAGAACUUCAUCAACCAGCAGGCGCUGAUCCUGGCCCAGCAGAUGACCGCCCAGGCCAUGACUUUGUCGCUGGAGCAGCAGACACAGCAGCGCCAACACCAGGCUCAGCCUCUGGCCCGGGCCCCCGGAGCUGCCUCGCCGAGCUCACCCCCAGCCGUCGCCCCCAAGCCCAAGAAGCCCCUGGCCCCACGUGGGGAGCCAGAGCAAGAGCUGAAAUCGGUGGGUGGCUGCUCCUUCACUUCCCCUUCCUGCCUACAGGAGACCUCACAGGAGGCCCGAGAGAAGCCCCAGCGGCCCAGGAGCUUCCAGCAGAAACAGGACUAUUUCCAAAAGAUGGGGCAGCAGCAGAUCAAAGUGAAGACAGUGAAGCCUCCACCCAAGGUACAGAUCCCCCAGGAGCAGGAGCAGGAGCAAGAGCAGGAGCAGGAGCAGGAGGAGAAACCAAGAGCAGUGCCAUCCCCCCCACCUCCCCCCAUAGUGAAGAAGCCACUGACACAAGGUAGAGUCAAAGCUGCACAAGAGGCUGAGGCUGAGCCAGCGGCCCCAGGGGUGGGGCCUGGUGGUCACCCUAAGCCAGCCCCCCAACAGCGGGCAGAGCCAAGCAGGGAGAUUCGCAACAUCAUCCGCAUGUACCAGAGUCGCCCGGGCCCCGUGCCCAUGCCCGUGCAGCCAUCCAGGAAACCCCCGAAAAGUUUCCUGAAGAAAAACAACCCUAAGGAUGAGGCUCUGGCUAAGUUGGGGAUCAGCGGUGCCCACACAUCCAUGUCGAUGCCAUCGCCCAGCCCAGGGAAGGGCCCCCCCCCAGCUGUGGCCCCUCGACCCAAGGUCCCACCACAGCUUGGGCCCUCCAGCUCCAUCAAGGAGAGCCAGACUCCGCCUGCUGCCCAGGCACCCUCACCUCCACCAGCGCCCCCGCUGCCUCUGCCUGAGGAACCAGGGACCCCUUCACCUGGGCCCCGCGGCUGGAUGGAGCCCAUGGAGGACCAGGGAGUCUCCACCCAGCUGCUCGUGCCCUCCGGCAGUGUGUGCUUCUCCUACGUCAACCCACCCUGGAGGUUGUUCCUACGCAAGGAGGUGUUCUACCCCCGGGAGAACUUCAGCCACCCCUACUGCCUCAGCCUCCUCUGUGAGCAGAUCCUGAGGGACACCUUUGCCAAGUCCUGCAUCCGGAUCUCCCAGGAGGAGCGGAGCAAAAUGAAAGAGCUGCUGGGAGACCUGGAGGUGGGUCUGGACUCGCUCAACACCACUGAGGACAGUGUCAAGAAGCGUAUCGUGGUGGCCGCUAGGGACAACUGGGCCAAUUAUUUCUCCCGAAUUUUCCCUGUCUCGGGCGACAGCAAUGAUGUGCAGCUGCUGGGCGUGUCCCACCGGGGACUGAGACUGCUCAAGGUGACCAAAGGCUCCAGCUUCCACCCGAAGAACCAGCUGAAGACUCUGUGUUCAUAUAGCUUUGCUGAGGUGCUGGGCGUGGAGUGCCCGGGCAUCUCCACCCUGGAGCUGUCACUGAAGAGUGAGCAGCUGGUGUUGCACACGGCCCGGGCGAGUGCCAUCAAGGCCAUGAUUGAGCUGUUCCUGAGUGAGCUCAAGAAGGACUCCGGCUACGUCAUCGCCCUGCGAAGCUACAUCACCGAUGACCACAGCCUCCUCAGCUUCCACCGUGGGGACCUCAUCAAGCUGUUGCCAGUGGCCACGCUGGAGCCCGGCUGGCAGUUUGGCUCCACUGGGGGCCAUUCUGGACUCUUCCCUGCCGACAUAGUUCAGCCAGCUGCUGCCCCAGACUUUUCCUUCUCGCCAGAGAGGAGUGGCUGGCACAAGAAUCAGCUGCAGCACAGUGAGACGGGGCUGGCUCAGUGGAGGAGGGCAGAGUGCCAUACCCACCCCCGGAGCCAGGCACACAGCAAUGACUCUGUAGCCUCCAUCUCUCUGUCCAUGGACUCCCGCCACUACACCAUGCAGGAAUUUGCCCUGUACCACUUCCGGAAGCCCCAGACCUUGCUGGACCACACCGGUGGAGAUGCUAAGGAGCAGGCCAUGGCCAGCCUGGUGCAGUACAGCAAGGCUCCCAUACGAGAAUCGCUCAACAGCCUCAGUGAUGAGGACACAAACAGGCAGGCUGUGGAAAGUUUCCAGGCUCUGAUGCAAUUUAUGGGGGACCAGCCUAAGCCCCGGGGCAAGAAUGAGAUAGAGCUCCUUUAUGACCUCCUGAGGCUGUGCCAGGAGAAGGAGAACCUCAGGGAUGAGAUUUACUGCCAAGUCAUCAAGCAGGUCACCAGACACCCUCAGCCGGAACACUGUGCUCGCGGCUGGAGCUUCCUCAGCCUCCUGACAGGCUUCUUCCCCCCGUCAGCCACGCUGAUGCCCUACGUAACAAAGUUUCUGCAGGAUUCAGGCCCAAGCCAAGAACUGGCCUGGAACAGUCAGGAACACCUCCAGCGCACAGUCAAAUAUGGGGGGCGCCCACGACUGCCCUCCCCGGGCGAAACUCAUGCUUUCCUGAAAGGGCAAGGAAUCCGCUCGCUUAUAAUUCACCUGCCAGGGGGUAUGGAUUACAAAACCAAUAUCCGGACUUUCACGGUGGUGGCAGAAGUGCUGGAGGAGCUAUGUCUGCAAAUGGGCAUCACAGACCCCCAGGAAGUGCAGGAAUUUGCCCUCUUCCUCAUCAAAAGAGGAGGCAAGCUGGUGCGGCCCCUGUGGGCCCACGAGUACCUCAACAGCGUGGUGGAUCAGGAUGUAAGCCUGCACAGCCAGCGGCUCAGCUGGGAGACCCCGCUGCACUUCGAUAAUCCAACCUACAUCACCAUCCACUACAUGCAGGUGCUGCAGGACUACCUACAGGGGAAGCUGUUGGUCAGCCCCCAGGCCAGCGCCCGACUCGCCAGGCUGGCUGCCCUGCAGCACCGGAGCAAGGCCCAAGAGGACCACCUGUCGGAGCAAGACCUGCUGGCUUACUUGCCAAAGCCACUGCAAUCGAAAGUGAACAUACCCAUCAUAAAGAACCUGAUGGACCAGGAGCUGAGGCAGCUGCAAGUCUGCAGCUCCCAAGAAGCACAGAUCAGCUUCAUCGAGGCUGUGAGCCAGCUGCCCCUCUUUGGCUACACUGUCUAUGUGGUGCUGCGGGUGAGUCAACUGGCCCUGCCCAGACCCAGCCUCCUGGGACUGAACUGCCAGCACAUCAUCCUCAUGGACCCCCGCAACCAGAAACAGUGCUGCUCCAUCGCCCUGAAGGACCUGCACCGGCUCCACCUGCUGAGCCCCCUGGAGAGUAAGGGGCCCCCUGGCCUGGAACUCAACUAUGGCUCUGCUGACAACCCCCAGACCAUCUGGUUUGAGCUGUUCAAGGCCCAGGAGCUGAAGUACACCAUCGCCUUCCUGCGGGACAGCCUUGCUCCCAACUAGUGGCCGGCCUCACCCAAG